GGCAAUGUGAUGAGAGACGACACAAAGGGAAAGGUGAUGGCAGGACCGAGGCCUGUGGUGCUGAGUGGGCCCUCAGGGGCGGGCAAAAGUACCUUCCUCAAAAGACUCCUCAAAGAGUUUGACGGCGUCUUCGGUUUCAGCGUCUCCCAUACAACACGCAACCCCCGUCCAGGAGAGGUGAAUGGCAAAGAUUAUCACUAUGUGACCAGGGAGGUGAUGCAAUCAGGCAUUGACAGAGGGGAGUUUAUUGAGCAUGCAGAAUUUUCAGGGAACAUGUAUGGAACAAGCAAAGCUGCUGUCCAGGAUGUUCAGGCUAAAAACCUGAUCUGUAUCCUGGACAUUGACAUGCAGGGGGUGAAGAACAUUAAGAGAACAGACCUCAACCCCAUCUAUGUCUUCAUCCAGCCUCCAUCGAUAGAAGAGCUGGAGAAACGCUUACGGGACAGAAAAACAGAGUCUGAAGAGAGUUUACAGAAACGUUUACAAGCUGCUCGUGUGGACAUGGAGCUCAGUAAGGAAACUGGCCUGUUCGAUGUUGUCAUUGUUAACGACGACCUUGAGGCAGCGUAUGGGAAACUGAAAGAAGCCCUUCUGGAGGAAAUCCAGAAAGUCAAAGACACCAAUUAGGCCUUGGUAACACAAAACGUACUGACCACAGCACCACUCCAGGCACUCCUAACAUCGUCCAUACCGGAACAUUCCGUCACAGACUGGUCCCUAAAGAACCACGGGAACUUAAGCUUAGUUGGACUUUACUCUUAAUGCAGCUGGACAAAACCUGCAGGGUAAAGCUAUUCCAUGUUUAGUAAUUCAUUCAAAUUAUAAGGAUAAGGAGACCAUUUUUAUGCUACUUUUAUACCUUGAUCUAGUGAUUUAAAACCCUCUUUUCGCUAAA